CGAAUUUGCUUUGGCAUUGAAAAGUACUAACAAUAAAUAUGGAUCCCUCAAUAAUUGAGUUUAUUGGCGAGAAGUCCAUGAUUAGCAUAAUACCAAAUUUCUCCAAUGAAGCGCUUCAUCUAAUUUAUGGCACGGUGGGUCCUUUUCGCGCCGGCUUUCCUGUAUAUGUGCCCCUGUGGCUGGCGACGCACUUGCGAAAACAACAAAAGUGCCGCAUUGUGCCGCCGGAAUGGAUGGAUCUCGAAACGCUGGAGGAGAUUAAGGAGGAGGAGAAGCGUUCCAAAUUCUUCACAAAGAUGCCCAGCGAGCAUUACAUGGUUGUGGCCCAGCUGGUGAUGAGCACGGCACCAGAUGAUGUGCCGCGUUGCGAGGAGUUGCGCACAAUUAUCAAGGACAUAUUCGACAUACGCGAAUCGAAGCUGCGCACCUCGAUCGAUGCCUUCAUUAAAGGCGAGGGCACCUACGCCAAGCUGGACAAUCUGACGCUGCUGGAGAUACACAGUGUGCGCCCAAUUUUGCCCUAUUCCCUGGAUCACAUAGCGCGCUAUCAAAGAAUUGCCACCGCAUCGCAGCGGGAUACUUCCAUGCUGGGAUUGAGCACAACGGGCGGCUCCGGCUCCGGCUCAGCCACGGGCACGGGCUCCAUGAGCAAUUCCUUUUUCACGCAGUAGCUGUUCAUGAUGUCCCUGAUACCUGUGCACAAUGUGACCGCAUUACCUACAGCAGCUACAUUUUUAGACGGUGCUGCCAACGUGUUGCGACAAGAAAUGCACAUAAAUUUAGUUUCGUGGCGAAUGGCAAAGCGAAAGAAUGGCGCGUGAACGGGAAAGUGAAGAAAUUGUUAAGUGCACAAAACCAAUAAGAAAACGUUUGAAGUAACAUAACUAUUGAAUUCGAUUUCGUAUAUUUGUGAUGUUAACCAAUAAACGAUUGAAAGCUAUUCAAGUGAUAAGUGUGUGUGAUGCUGCGUGCACUAUUUUCAAUGUGCUUGCACAAUUGAUGCCAUCGCAAAAACUAUAACUGUAAAUUACGCAAAUAUGUAAAAUUUCCUCUUUUUCCAAUGUGCCGCAUGCUGUGUAAAGUGCCUAUAUUAUUAUAAGCACGAAUUGUGCGGUAAGUGCAUUUCGAAAUGGACAUGAAUAAGAUUUCGACCUGGCAUUUUUGAGGCUCUUCCAAACUCA